AUGAAGUUCGGGAAGCGGCUGAAGCGGCAGGUAGAGGAGACGCUGCCGGGGUGGCGGGACAAGUUCCUCUCAUACAAGGAUCUGAAGAGGCAGGUUCGCCUCAUCUCCUCCGACGCAUCGGGGAGGGCAGCCGGGGUGGUGGAGUUUGUCCGCAUGCUUAAUGCCGAGGUGGACAAGCUCAACGCUUUCUUCAUCGAGCAGGAGGAGGACUUCGUCAUCCGCCACAAGGUAGGGGAGGAGAAUAGAUUGCUGGACAGCGGCAGUGGUGCUUCCUUCUCCUGAUCCGGAUCGGCGAUCUCUCCCCGCAGGAGAUGAGAGACAGGAUACGCGCCGCGGAGGAGACGGUGGGGCCUGGUGGCGCACGGCCGUCGGCGGCGGAGUACGUGGCGGAGAUGGGGAAGAUCAGGAGGUGCCUCGUCGACCUCCACGGGGAGAUGGUUCUGCUCGUGAACUACAGCAACGUCAACUACACGGGUCCUCUUCCUCCCUUAUCAUCAUCACCACAUCCCAUAUCCUUUAGAUUCUUUCCUCGCUCGUCCUUCAAGUUUUCCUAGCUGGAUUGGAUGAUCGCUGACGAUGAUGAGGAAUCAAUCGAAUCUGCCCUGGCCGCGACAGGGCUGGCAAAGAUCCUGAAGAAGUACGACAAGCGGACCGGGGAUCUGCUGCGGCUUCCGUUCAUCGAGAAGGUGCUGACGCAGCCCUUCUUCACCACGGACCUCAUUUCGCAGCUGGUGAAGGAAUGCGAGAACACCAUGGACUCGGUGCUCCCCCGCCCCGCCGCAGCAGAGCCUGGAGGGGAGGGAGCGCAGAGCCAGAGCAGAGCGCCCCCUGAAUCCGUGGCCCGCUGGAGUAUCCUCAAGAACACGGUGGCGGCCCUCGUGACGAUGCAGGAGCUGCGGCGAGGGAGCUCCACUUACGGCCACUUCUCCCUUCCCCCGCUGAGCUUCCCCAAUGCAGAUCUGCUGCAGUCUCUGCAGCUCCCAUCGCUCAUCCCCAUUCAGUGA